CUAUCUUGGAAAAUUUGAAUCCCUGAAACACGUUUUCCUGGUGGAAUUAAUGCAGGAUAUGUACGUAGGGGAGACUCCUGUACCUAGCUUGGUAAUUAAAUUGCUUUUUGAGCAGGCAUCAACUUGUUGAAGAAAGCCUCACAGAUAAUUUGACGACCGAUGACUACUGCUACUUCAGAAUCUGAUCACCAAACUCCAUUGAAAAGAGGGACAUGGAGUCCUGAAGAAGAUGAGAAGUUGAUAGCUUAUAUUAACAGAUAUGGCAUUUGGAAUUGGAAUGCGAUGCCAAAAGCUGCAGGCUUGUCAAGGUCAGGGAAAAGUUGCAGGCUUCGCUGGAUGAAUUACCUGAGGCCAAAUAUAAAGCGUGGGAAUUUCACUAAGGAAGAAGAGGAAACCAUAAUCAAUCUACAUAAGACACUAGGAAAUAGAUGGUCUGCAAUUGCAGCAAGACUUCCAGGAAGAACAGACAAUGAAGUAAAAAAUCACUGGCACACCCACUUGAGAAAACUUCUGAACAACAAUGCAACUGCUGGAUUGCAAAUGAGUAAAUACGCAGCUGAUGUCUCAUUAUCUAUGUCAUCAAAGCCAUCUAAUGCUAAUUCCUUCGCAAGCUCUUCUUACCAGAUCAUAGAGGAGAACAUUGGUUCAGCUGAAUUGCCUAGAGAACUACUAGUAAGCUCGAUGGAGCAGUCAUCUUCAACCUCUAUAAAUCCUGACAGUAAAAAUGAGGAAAACCGUAUGAGAGAGGUGGGGACUGGAGAAUACCAAAGUUUGUGGGGGCAACCAUUUUCAACCGAAGAGUUGGAGAUUGUGGAGAAUUAUGGAACAACGGACACAAAUCAGAUAUGGCUUCAAGAGUCCGUAUGUCCGCGUGCUACCCGUAGCGACGCUGGCAAUGAUUUUUGGAUGAAUUAUUGACGCAGGCAAAAACAUAAUAAUUUUAGAUGCGAUAUUAGUAUCUUUGUUUCACUUAAAGGUGCCCUCGACUCUAUGUGCUUUAUUAUUAUUAUUUUCUUUUUUUUUGAAAGGAUCUCUAUGUGCUUAAUUUCAAUCCUUAAUUUUCCUCCAUAACUGGUAAAAUGAAAUUGAUCCAAAAUUUAUAUCAAUGUUAAGUUAAAGUAUAAAUAUAAACUUUUCACAAUUAAAAUCAUAUCAUGUAACCAUGGCAGGGAUUUUACAGCUUGGAGCUGAGUUUUGAAUUUGAA